GUACAAAACGGAUAUGAGUGUCGCCAUCCAGCUGCUCCAGUGCAAACCAGACAGCUUCGUUUCGCCAAAACUCUCGUCGCUUCCAAUCGAAAUGCAGUCCAAAGUGGCCACCUACAUGCGCCUGGAUACGAACUCCCACUCGGAUUCGGAGGGCAGCACCAGUGGCGUGGGGGUGGCCACAGCCAGUUCCUACCAUGUGCUGCCCGCCUCCGACAGCCCGCCGCCCAUGUGUCCUUUCCCGCCGACGGCCAUGGUCUACUCGAUGCGCGGAAUCGAUGGGAAACAACCGACAUCUCCGCAGGAUGGUGGAGGAGGAGGAGGAGCUGAGGCAGGUGUUGUGGGAAAUGGAACCGGAAUCAGACUUCAAUCACAGCAAAAAGACUCCCAGCUGGGACUGGGAUUGGGAUUGGGCAGCUUGGCCGGUGGAAUGGACAGUUUGCUCGGUUCCUCCUCCCGGGAUCACGGGGUGGUUUCUCCCUCGGUGAUGGCCAAGUUCUUGGAAGACGAGCUCAAGUCCAGCGAAGCGCUGCUGAAUUCCCCGGUCAAGCACUGCGAGACGUGUGUUUGCCCUGGCGUUGGAAAUAGAUGUGCUUCCGGUCUGUUGGUUGAUAUGCUGGGAGAUGACCAAAAAUAUUACAACGUCGGCACGCAAACUGUCAUCAAGGGAGAGACGAACAAUUCCCUGUGUCUAAGGUGCAAUAACAAUCUGAACUCGCCGUCCCACAACAACAGCCCAUAUUUGAUGAAACUUAUCAAAUCCAGCGACAGUGUUAUAUCCGAAACUAAAAGUAGCGUUUCCGACUUCCUAACGACCCCGGAGAAAACUUCUCCAAACGCCGGAAGCAGCAGCAAUCAGGCCAGUUGCAAGAAAGAUGACAUCAUGGUUAAUCCAAUCCUCGGCCAUCACCGACUAUCCGAACGAACCACCUCCUAUCAGCUUACCCAAUCACCGAACUCCGAUGCACCUCAACUCACAAAACCCUCCAAUCUUACCCUCAACAGCAAAUCAACCCUUCCGAAUCCCACCAUUCUCAAUCGGCCCACCCCCACUUCAUCCAACAUCCUAGCCAGGAAACCAUCCCUGGAAGUGAACUCGAAACCGAAGAACCCAUCCUUAAACCCUACAACAACAACAGGACUCCCGUCCAACACCAAACUCCAAACCAACGAUUCCCCCUCUUACAUCAUCAAAGAUACGGAUCAGAUGAGUGGAAGUGCUGCCGGGCAGACUCCGAGGUCCACCGUUGGGACUGUAAGUAUUGGAGGCACACAGCAGCAGAUCGGUGGUGGCCACGGCACCGGAAGCAGUAAGAUUGCGGGUGGAAGCGUUGGAAGUGGGCUGUAUCAUGCCGUCGGAAGUACCAAUAGUUUGUGGUCGAGGACCAGUAGCAGUGGCCGCGGGGCAGACCGAAGCGUGGGCGCGGAGCGUGAUGGGGCCAGAAUAUUCGAGGCGUUCAAUCGAAAUCUUAUCAAGACGAUUAAGGCGGAAAAUCCAAAGAUGUCCGGCCCUCGAAUUUGUUCACUACGCAUCCAAAACGGCUCCAGCAACAUACUGCUGGAUAGUCUACAAGAUGAACUACUGGACAAUUUGGCUAUGGAAGAAACGCCUGACAAGCAACCCGUUGUCUACACCAGGCGAUCAAAAUUCCUGGAUGAAGAACUGCUGCUGGACGAUGAUCCAUCGAUCGGAUUGAACGGAGCAAUCAAAACCACCAAUCUUCCAACGGUUGGAGUUAAUGAGGGUGGAGUAGGAGGGGAUAAAUCGGGAGUAGCUACUGGCGGAUCGGGAGAGGAACGUGGCGAAGCAGCAACUAGAAAAGAUAUCUGUAGCAUGAGUACAACAACUAGUCCGAACUCCUCUUCGGAUCGGGUGAGAACCGCUGGAGAGGAAGUCAAUAACCUGCUGUUUAAUAAUGACAUAGGGCAACAAGUGGCACCCGUUGUUGGAAAACCGAGACUGGAUAUCAAUGUGAACAAGUUGGAAGGUAUCGAUAUCAACUCGAAGAAGUCGUGCACUCAGUCAAGUUCAAUAUCAAGCGAGAUUGAUAUUCAGGAGAGUGCUAUGCUGAGGCGACAGCAACUGUCUCGAGUUGCGGAAUGGGUUCAAAACAAUUCCAAGCUGACGAACCCAGACGGUUUGAGCAAUACGGAAUCGGACACGGAAGCGACCACAGGAAAUAUCGCAUUAGUCGACAGCUUGAACAACAAUAACAGCAACUGUAGCGCAUUGUUGAUAGAGCACAAUAACGGUACCGUUAGAGAAACCAAACUUAUAGCUAGUGAUACCAAACUUAGUCAUAGUGUUAAUAAUACAUCACAACUACAGACUCAUAGCGAUAAUCUACUUAGCAAUAGCAAUUCCAUCAACAACAACCACAUUAUCAGCAACAGUAAUAACAAUAUAUUUGCUCAAACCAAUAUCGCGGCAACUCAGCGAAUGCACACAUCUAGUUUAAAGACUACAAGCAUUGGAAACACCACCCAACUUGACUUCAAUAGCAACAGCUCGCAUCCGGCAAACUUUCAAGCCAUCAAUAAUGCCAACAACAAAUCGAGAUCGUCCACGUAUCAUGUAAGUUCCUGGCACCAGCAUCCGGAAAACAUUUCAGCAACAGAAUCUCUCCCGCACCAUGGACCGCUCCAAAUUGAAGGAGGAGGAGUAGAAGAAGACGACCGAAACAGUGUGGAUAUCGCCCAGAUGGAGUACAACGUGAAGCAGUUCCUGUUGAAGCAGAACGAGUGGUCCUCAAUAGGGCGAAGGCUAUCUUCGUCGACCACUUCCGGUACGGUAGCCAAUGAACCGCAAACGCAACCGCAGAGUAAAGCUGUCGUAGAUGAGACGACAGUGUCGAGCAGCAGCACCAGCACCAUGAAACGGAUCAAGGGAAGCUUCCCGGGAACGGCAGUGGCACAGAUGCCGCAGCAGUUUCAUCUGAGCAAAUACACCGUCAAUCCACACCGGACCGAGACUAACCUGUAAGAAGCUUGCAGGUGGAUGAAACUCGAAGACUUCUGGUUGGGUUGAGCUCUUGUAACAUAACUUGUAGAUGGUAAAACUAGAAGAGGGCUAAUGGCUUUGGUAGAACAGCUCUGGCAAGGUGUGACAAAAAAGCAUGUUACUUGUAUGGUUCUGAUUUUGUUUUAUUUUUACGUUUUUAUGUUGUUUACGUAUUUCUGGCAAGUUGACCCAAAAAAAAUGUAAAAAUGGUUUAUUCAAAACGUGUUUUAACAUAAAAAAUAUGUUUUCUAAAAAACUGUAUAACUUAAAACUUUGAUACCGACCGCCAAAACAUUGUAACAUUUGACUUAGUCGAUCUGCGUUCAUCUUUGAAUUUCUUACGCCCUGAGUUCUAAAACGCUUCGUUUUGGUUUAGAACUCAUCCAUGAUUUUUUGCAGAAAUUUUAAGUAACGAUUACAUGAGUUAAUCUGAACUUAUAGUUUUGUAUGAAAAAAUUGAAUAUUAUGUACUGAAAAAUAAACACCAUUUUUGUUUCUCCUGUGGAACCGAGCCUGCGAAUGGUUUUUGUGCCAAUAAACAAAUAUUCUAAAGGAAAUUUUACGCUGAACAACUAUGUCUAAGACUGUAAUUCCGUUUCUUAUUAGGCAAAAAAGUAAUAAGCCCUUUGAUAGUGACAUGUCUUUUGGAAUUGAAAAAUAAUCAUUACAAUUAACAUCACUGCUGAGUACCUAGUGAAGUACUGCAUGACUAAUUUCCAUGCAAUACUUCACGAGACACCAGCAGUGAUGCCAAUUGAAUUUAUUGUUUUUCAAGGCCAAAAGGCAUACCCUUAAUAAUAAGGUAAUAAAUUUCUUGUCUAUUAAGAUAUCAAGUCACAGUCUUCAACAAAGUUGUUCAGCGUGUAAAUAUAAAUUGGAACAAAACCCAUAAGCAGGGUUGGUUUCACAGAGGAACAAAAAUGAUGUUGAGUUUUAAGUACAAUAUAUUCGAUUUUCCCAUACAAAACUAAAAGUGCAAAUUGACUCAGUCUGAUGUAACAUUGAAUUUUUUUUCAAAAAUGAAAGCUUCCAUUAUAUUUUAAUAUUUCAUAAUUUAAAUAAGUCACUUGUUCAAUAGAAGAAGUUUGAAUUAACUGUAUACUGUUUUUCGGAGCAGAAUUCAGCAGAAAAAAUAUUCAUGUGAAUUUAACAUCCAGAUUCACUUGAAAUCUAUUUUGGUAGGGAAGAAUGAGAAUACUUGAUCCCUCAGCUAUAUCUCCAAACUGGAAUGUUUCACAAAGCUAAAAUGUUCUAGAAAAAUUAGUAAAAUAGAACAAACAACAAAAAUUAAAUUUUAUUCUAUGAGUUAUUGCACUUUGUCUGAAAAAUCUAACAAAAUGUUAUUCGAAGAUUUUUUUAUCGUUUCAAAAUGUUUCCUAUAGGAAAAAAUCAUAAUAUAAAUAUUCAUUCCGAUAUGUCAAUCGUUAGAGUAUAACUUGAACCUCUCGAUGCCAUAUUUUCAAAGUUAUAGUAAACUUUUAAUUUUUCAAAGAAAAAGUUUUCCAAAAUGUAUGUUAUGUGUUCACUUAAAAAAACGCGCUCACACACGUACAGGAUCUCAGUGAAACUUUAUAUUUCUUUGAAGAGAUCUAAUUCAUUUAAUUCUUUGGCGUACAUCUUUCAAGGAUAAAAUGGCGAGUAUCAUACAAAUGCUAGAACCGCCGACCCACAGAAAGUGUACUAUGUAUGCUGUGACCUGCAUUCGAUCUCAUGACCUUUGGCUUGGAAGAUUUUAUAGCUAUCCUCUGGGCCACGGUCGGCCACUUGGUCCCUAGAAUUCUAAAAGAUAAAUUUUUCUCUGAAUGAACGUUCAUCAUCGCUAAGCACGAAAACAUUGAUAGUUAUCCGAUGACUAAUAUUGAUCCAAUAAUAUUCUGAUAAAAAGGGCUCAUAACAAGAUUUUAUCUAAAAAUUUCCAAGUUGCACCUUUAAGCAUGGAAUGACUAUAGGGUAGUUACUUUUAGAAUUCUCUUGAUCUGAAACUUAUAAACUAUGAAAUGUUAUCUAGUAUGGCGAAAAAUGUCAAUGGAACUUAACCUCAGAUUUUGCAUAAUUUUUGCCGAAGCUUAGGGCACCCUGAUUAAAGGAUCAUGUCUCCUUUAACAUUUAAAAUGUCUCAUUUUUUUAAGUCCCACGAAAACGCUUCUAGUUCAUAUAUGGGUUCAUGUAUCUGUUAAUUUUUGCAGCAUAUAAACUUGAAAUAACACGCUGUCAGAGACAGCAAAAGACGGCGAUCGCAAUUACAACUGCUCACUGAAAAGAUCGUAUAAAAUGUCGUCUAAAGUCAGUUUAAAUCGGAUACGAUAGAAAGUCCACCAUGUUUGUAAAUUUUUAAAUGAUUUUGCUCCCGCGUGAACUUCAAGUGAAUAAAUCAUCGUCAUGUUCUCUCUGCAACCAGCAGUGCGUCUAGAUGGCUAAAAGUCAGAUGAGAAUUGAAUAAUAUUGACCAAAUAAAGAACUGGAAAAUAUUGUCGCUGGCAACAAUUUGAAGGCUAUGAGAGCAAAAUCUUGCGCUCUCUUGCAUUCUUCCGAUAAUUACGAAUAAGGUGUCGUAUAACGCCAAAUUGGUGUAAUUUUUGUCGCUUUAGAAAGAAAUGAAAAUAAUGUAUGUAUAGAUAAUGCCUCCAUUUUGGUAGGUAAAUGCUGUUUUUUUUUCAACUUUCAUACGAUCAUUCUAUAAUGUAUAUGGAACGUAUACCAAAACAGCAUAAGAAUGUACCUACAAAAAUGUUUACAGGGUAUCCCCAUUCUCACCUAAACAUAUUCAAAAUUUUUUAAUGAAUGGAUUUAUUAAGCUCAAUUAUCUCAUUGGAAUAUAUGAAUAUUCGGAUUUGAGUAGGUUUUCAAUGCAAAUCCAUAUUCAAAAUUAAAAUUAAAAUUUAAAAUUGUCCCGAACGUUCGAAAUCAGAAACUUAUAUUAACCCUCUAGUGCUUAACCCAGCCUUCUCAAAAAUCGGUAAAAAAUCAAAACCAAGCCUGUUUUUUACUUACUUUUAACGCACAAUGUUUCAAAAUAUGUUAUUCUAACAAUCCAUACUAAUGAAAACUGUUUGAUAAACAGUUGUCGAAAGCUACAGACUACAGCUAAGAGAAGCUUAAAAACAUAAAAAAAACUUGAAAUUUAUGUGUUUUCCGAAAAAUUAUCGAUCUGGUAUCCUCUGAAAUGUUUAAUCCAUGUGUUUGACGAUCUUAACAAUAUUAAUGCAGUUAGACCUUAGAGUUAUUUUAGUCAUGGUUUGAUUUUUUGAUAAUCUUUUUUCUAAGCUAGGUAACAGGGAUGAAACAUAAAUCUUGUUUAAAGACGGUGUCGGGAAACAAUGACAACAAUUCGAUAAAAAUAAGUUCUUUGUGGUCAAUUUGAACAAAAAUUAUAUAAAAAUAAACCAAUAAGUGUGUCUCCACCCUCUAGAACUCAAUUUUCGGUUCACAGAAGCUUAGUUAAUAACUUUUGUUCAACGAAAAAAUUUAUAGAUGAGAAGUUUUUUUUGACAAUUUUUCAAAAAUUGCAUAAACUUAACUUUUUUUCUACUAAAAACUACACAGAAAAAAAAUUUACUUUCACGUGUCACUGAAAACUGCAACCUUCAAAAUAAAUCACCUGUAAUUAACAAAACAUGUAAUUUUAAAUUGUUUUCCUUGAAAGUUAAAACAGUUGUACACUAAAAAUUAAAUGUCACGUAAUUAUGUUUUCGACCUGUAAAACAACGUUAAAUGUCCUGCUCCUUUUUGUUACAGGACAUUUGCGUAAUUUUACAGGAAAAAAAUUUUGCUGUGUGUAAUAAAAAGUAAGGUUUCUUACUUUUUAAUUCAUUGCGUUGCUACAUGGGCAAAGUAACUUGACUUUUUGUACUUUUUCGGAUGUAACUUCAACCAAUUUAUCUUAAAUUUUGAAACAUAUUAACACUGAUCCUUAUCUUAAUAUAUUUUCAUGUAAUUAAAUAGCUAAAUUACAAAUAACUGAGAUGUUACAACUUGUAUGAAAAGUAACUAUUGUUCAUAGCUUUUUUUAAUUUUUGUCAAUGUUUCGAUGCGAUUUUAUGACAAUUUUAAUAAAACCCGUCAAAAAGCGGGGUUGAGCACUAGAGGGUGAAUAUGUUUCAACAUUAAGGGAAAAAUUGCUAAAGUGUGUAAAAACAACAACCUCAAGAGAACAGAAAGUCAAGUUUUUUAGUCCCUGUAGCAAUGCAAUUUUAAAAAAAAUUGGAAAAAUCUUCCUUGUAACUACAGUUUUUAGUACAAUAAAAGUUAUUUGUAAUUAUAAAACUAAGCUUAUGUGAAUUUUUCAGAGAUAAAAAUGGGUUUCAGAGCGUUGAAUCCAAAGAUAAGAUAAUCAUCUUAAUUAAGAGUACUGUAAAUGCAUAUUUGGUUUCAUUGUUUUGGAAUUCAGUGAGAUUCCUAUUUUUAAAAAAUUAAUUUUUGAACUUCAAAUAUAGAAGCUGUAAAAAAUCUGAAUGAUCUAGGAUAUUCUUUGUUUAAUUAGUUUUGAGAACUAAAACUGAAAUAUGGCAUUGUAAAGUUUAUAUUAUACUAUAAAUAAUGAGAUAUUUAAAUGAAUAUUUAUGCUAUCCAUUUUUUUAUUUAAUAAACAUUUUAAAUGAAUGAAAAAAGAUCUUCGAGUCACAUUUUAUGAAAUUAUUCAAACUUAUGCAACAACUCGAAAAGUUCUAUUUGUUUAAUUUUUUUUUCAGCUUCUAGCAUAGUUGUUUUGCAUACACAGAAAAAAUUUUUGACUAUUACGUGUCACUGAUAACUGCAAUCUUUAAAAUUAAUCACCUGUAAUUAACAAAACCUGUAAAUUUGAAUUGUUAACGAAGCUUCAUUUAUUAUUACAGCAAAUGUCCUGUAAAAAAGUUGUACACUUAAAAUUAAAUGUCACGUAAUCAUGUUUUCGACCUGUAAAAUUACGGUCAAUGUCCUGCUCCUUUUUGUUACAGGACAUUUAUGUAAUUAUACAGGCAAUAAUUUUUGGAGUGUAGGUUGGCAAAUUUUUCUAGAACUGUUGAUCUUUGUAAGAAAUUGCAGUUCCGAAAUAUAGCUAAGCAUUCAAGUAUCCCCAAGGAUUUCUCAUUCUACCCUAAAGAUAUCGGAAACAAAACUGAAAUUUACCUUAAACACCUUGAAAUUAUAUGAUUUCCCCAAAUAACCUAUGAGUAUUUUGUGCUGAUGAAUAUUUUUAAAUCUUUUUAAAUAUCAAUAAUCAAAAGGAAAGAAUUCUUAAAGUUAUUACAAAUAAAAUGUUCGAAUAUAAGCUCUCAUUCCUCCGUUUGAAAAUUAUAACCGAAAAAAAGUGUUCUAUAUACUGAGUAAGUUUAAAUUUGAAAGUUUGAUUUUAAACCUAAAUAAUGCUAUUAAACUUUGAUUUUAAAACCAAAUAAUGCUAUCUGAACACUGAAUAAAAAGUGGUAGAUAAAUCCUUCAUUUGGAAGACACAAUUUCGAAAGUUUAAAAAAUAAAAUCUGAAUCCUGUCUUAAGCAACUGAAAUUAUUCUAAAAUUAAUAUUCAACAAUUGAUUCAUAGGUACGUCAAUUCAACUUCUGUCUUUGAUUGAUUAUCUUUUAAAUUUUGUUAUUCUUCAUUGUCGUUUUAAAGGUUCGAGUUUUGUAAAUCUAGCGCUUACUCAAGGAUGCUUUUUGCGUAUUGAUGGUUUGCUGAACUUGUAUUCAAAAGUAUAAUAAUGAGUGAAAACAUCAGAAAUUUUCUAAGACGUUUCAUUGAUGAUGAUGACACCUGUGAUUGUACAUCCAAAAUGCGAAAUAUAUUUGAAACAAUAUCAGUUAAAUAAAGGUUGCCAAAUUGCCCGGUUUUCUCCGGGUUUGCCGGGAUAUUUAAUACAAAAUUUGGGAACAGUCCGGUUCGGCCUGAUUGCCCGGAUUUCAUUAAAAAAAACGGCCGUAUUUUGCCUAGAUUUAUUCACUGGUAAAUCAAACAAUAAAAAACAAAUUGUGAUGUAGACAAUUGUUUUAUUUAUACUUCCAAAUGAGAUUUAAAAGCUGUCAAUGAUUUAGGUUAAACUAAAUUCUUGAUUUUAAUAAAGUAAAUUCAGGAUUUUGACAAAAUUUGCCCGGAUAUUGCCCGGAUUUAUGGUCGUUAUUUUUAAAAUCACAUACCCGGUUUUUCCAGGUUUUUAUAUAAAAUUCCCUAGAUUUGACCGGCCCGAAUACGUACUGGAAAAAUCUGGCAACCUUUAGUAAGAUGCAUGGAAUAAAAAAAUUUAAAUCAGUUUCGAGAUUUAAUCAGUACGCAUUUGCAUUCGAUUUAUUUUUCCAAAAAUAUGGAAAUAUUAUUGCUUAAAAUGUUCGUUUCUGAAUUUUUUGUUGAGAUUUCAGAUUUCAGAAUUGAUGAAUUUGAGAAUAUACUUAAACUGCUAAACUAAAUACAUAAUAAACUUCUUAAACUAUUUCCUAAACAAAAAUCGAUUGUUUCUUGAGUUUGAAGUGAAAUUCAACAUAUUCAACAUUUACAAAAACAUUUUAAAUUAAAGCACUUAAUUUGGGAAAAAUCUGUGAAAAAAGUCUAAACAAAAAAAAUUGAUAUUUGAGAAAUAUCAACUUCAAAUAAGUUCAAUAAGUUAAGGUUUAAGAUUAACUGUAAUUUAAGCAUUUUAAAUCUAAGUUCAAUAUUUUGUUCUGAGAACUACGUCUAUUUUGAACUCAAGACCAAGGUUACCGAAGUCACAGAAAUUUUUUUAUUAUCACAGAAAUUUGAGCAAAAUUUUUGUUACAGAUAACAGAUUGUUUUAGAUCUUCACAGAAUUCACAGAAUUUAUAAAUUUUUCACAAAUUUAGAGAAUUAUAUAUUUUUAUGUCACUUUCGAACUUUGAUUACUGGCUCUAAUUCAUGGAAAUAAGGAGUCAAGGUAAAGUAAAUUGUUUUUUUUUCCAUUAAAACUUCAAAAAUGUUUUAAAUUGUUGAUAUUUGCAAUGCUUUUCCAAAGAAUCACACAAUUUGAGGUAACCUUGCUUCUUGAGGUAAGAGUUUAUUGCUUCAACACAAUAAAAAAAAACUAUUAUUUAAUUAAAAUCCCAGAGUUCAGGACUUAAAAUUCCGAGUUUUUUUUAAGGAUUCAAAAAUUGUACCGUCAUACGGAACAAAGUCUUUCACAUCUUAGUUGUUUUUUUUUUAAAUUUUCAAUUCUUAUUGGAAAUUUGUAAACUCGAGCAAUACGCAAAUAAGAAAAUUUAGUUUCGAUGCCAUAAAAAUCUUUACCCAGUUUGACAGAUUGGUUCAACCAUACUACUAACAAACUUUUUUUUGAUUAAAAAUCUCUUUUCCAACACUGUUGGUGUAAAAGUGUUUUUCGGAAAAUAGCCAGUUUUCAAAAAAAAAAUAUUCUGUCACCAGUCUGGAGUGGGAUUCAACAAAAUGCAAAUCAAAGUCACAUCUUGUAGAUCACUUUUCCUGCUAGAAUAUGAUUUUUCGUUAACAGUAAAAUUUCAUCCUUCCAAACGAUAAUUUUUAUGAUUUCAAAUACCACAAUUUUUUGUAGUUUUUUUAACCCCUAAAUGUAUGCAUCGCGCUUAUGCCUUAAGAUUUAUUAACAGAAAAAAAUUUGUUGCAUAUUAGGUACCUAUUUUUCUGGGUAGAGUGAAAAUUAUACAUUUUUACAGAAUUAAGAACAACUCAAGGAACCAAAAAUUUUUCUGAUAACACGAAUUCGAUGUCAUCUCAACCUUUAAAAUCCCGAUGCAUAAGCGGUAUGAAUAUCUGUGGAUAUUUUUUUUUAAGCCAGUUGAAAAGUGUUGCUUGUUACUCCAGUUCGUGGUAUCUCAAACAUUUUAAACUUGAGCUGACGUUUUCUUGGCUGUCAAAACAAUAUUUUGUUUUUUUAUGUUUCGAUUAUAGUCGUUCAACCAUCUGUAUGGCAUUCGCGACUCGAUAUAAAAGUUUCAGUUGGCAGACAGUUAUUGAAAAACUUACCCGGUACAACUGUGUUCGAUGUUUUAACUCUUGGGCUCGAACUUGCGGACAUCGGCUCAAGCGCAACUGACUUGUCGUCUGAGCUAUAUCACAAGCCCAAUUUUAUCAAAUAAUUCUAAACAUUGAAUUCAAAUUACAUAAGUUGGAAUUCUAUUUCCUUAACUUGUGAACUGGGACUUUUGAAUCAAAGCAUUCUUCUGAGAUUGCCUUUACAUUUUAUGUUAUGAAUUGAGUCAUUGAGUUGUGUUAAUAUUGUGUGUUAAUAUUUUCAUAGUAAUAGUUUAUGAUCUAUAUGGAAUAGAACUUUUGAUUUGAUCACACGCAUAAGAACCAUCAUUUUUACAUCAUUUUGUUGUUUCUGAAAUUUUGGGGCCACAUUGCUUUUUUGUAAUUUCCAUAAUUAAUAUCCAUUUUUUUGGGUGAAUAUCAAAAACAUGACUUUCUUAUUUUAUUUUAGUUAACGUUUUGUUAUUAAAUAGUUUCAAUUUGAUUUUUUUUAAAUAUUCAAAUUUUUCCUUUUUUUCCAAAAAAUUUACCAUGCUUGCAUUUACUUUAAGUUACCAAGCCAAUGAAAAGUGUUUAAUAUUAGGUGUAAGAAUUGUUUUGUGCUAUUAGCUAGUCAAUGAAAUGUUAAACAUAAUAGAAAGAGAGAUAGAGAAGAGGUGAAAAAAAAUCAAAGACGUAUCAUUCCCAACCAAUAAGAGGAGAAAAAUACAACAUUAAAAGCAAAAAUCCUAUUCAGGUUAAGAAAAACCGCUCCAAAAUUUAAGUGUUCAGUUCUAAUGGAUAAAAAUUACCUUUAGGUUCCAGAUUUAGGAUAGGCGCAAUCCGCUGCUCUAAUUGUGAAAGUGAACAUAUAAAUUCGUGUCGUAUGUACUAAUUAUUGAAUAUGCAGCGCUCUUACUAGUCCAAUGCAAUUGCUUUCGAAGCAUAGCAAAUGAAAAAAUAACAAAUACGAUUAACAUCACACUGAGAAGCAUUUAAUCAGUAGACUUGCUGCUUGGACACCCGCAUAAAAUGCCUUUUUUAUUACUUGAACAUUCAAAAAAUAUAAGCGCAAAAUUUUAGUAGCAAUUCAAGUGGAACAUAUGUAAAACAUUAGAACAGGUUAUUGGACGCUGUAAUCCAUUUGAGGUAAAACAAAAGUAUAGAAACUUAAAAAAAAAAACGUGUACCAAAUAUUCACCAUAUAAUCUCUACAAAAUCAACACAACAACAACCAAAAAAAAACAAACUACAAGAGAGUAACUAUUUAAAGGGUUCUAGUUAUUAGAUGAAACCGCAGUGCGAAACAUAUUCAAACAAAAACAUGGAAAGCCUUUGUCGCGUAACUCGUUGAUGAACUUGUGCUACAUAUAGGAACGCAUCAGCUGAUUAAAAAUUCCUUAAAUUAUUUCAACUUAGUUCAAUUAAAAUAAGUGAAGACUUGAAGCCAAUGAAAGAAUAAAUCACUAUUAAUCGUUCUGCAAUAAAUUCGAGUAUUUCCUUCAGUUCUACUCUAGAACACUUAAAGUAUCAUCAAAAUCAACCCAUAACAUCUCUUAACUAAAUGUACUAAUGGUAAAUAUUGCUUGUUGAAAAUGCUGUAAUGGUUUGAAUUUAUCAAAGGCGCGCGAGUAAAGGCGGAAACAACCUUUUGCUCUAAUCUUUAACCAAACUAGACUAAGAAUGAUGGCUUCUUUUUGAUGGAAUCUUUUGUUAAUUAAACUAUUUAAACUAUAGGCGCUUGUGAUUAUAUUGUAUGAGUUAACCAAAAAAAAAAAAAAAAACAAAAUCAUUCUGCUUCACCAUCCGUCUCAUCUAUCCUAUCAAAAAAGUGCUUCGAAUCUGCGACCAUCUUGAACAUCAAAUAUGAAAUCUAACCUUCCGAAACAUCUACGUUUAGUUCUAAAUGUAACUAUAAACAGCGCACGACUCAAAAUUAUGUUAAUAAACGAAUGAUUUGGUAAGUCAACAUUCUCAAGAACUUCUUUUGAAGAUUAAAUUCAGAUCAGCACAAACUUUUUUCGAAACGAUAUUUUUUUUUCUAAUUUAUUAAAAAGAAUUUUUAAAAAUUUAAAAACAGCAAAAUACAUUCAACUCAGUUUCAAAAAAAAUCAAAAAGUUAUCCAAAGCUAUCAGGUUAAGAAGCAAGCAUUUUUUAUAAUUUAUAAAAAAAAACCAAUUGCGAACUAUUAAGUGUACCGGUUCCGGAUAUUUGUACUUUUGAUUUUCAAUGUGUGGUGAAGAUGUAUAAUCAACCCAGAAACACUAACUAUAGAAAUCGAAACAUGCCGACAGAAAAUAAAUGUGUUUGAAAAACCAAA